AUGGCUGCUUCGCUGCGCUUCUGGGGGGUGGAUCUGCACCCAUCCAUCGGGCGCUUUGCGGAAUUGCUUCACUUUUUGCUGGGGGUGCCAAAGGCGCAGAUCUAUGUGCACGACCUCACUCCGUACUGCCCGGCCGCUCGAGAGUUCGACCGAGUGAGCUGCGACAUGCCUUUCCCCUUCGCGCCUUUGGAGGCGGGGCACGUGCGCUCCAGGGAGGAGAUGCGAUUGGCGCUGGAGGAGCUGAGUAUGCUGCCGCCCUGGGACCAGCGCAAGGCCAACCAAGUUCUCCGCAGAUUGCAGGCCAACGAGGAUUUCCGGAAGGCCGACGUCGUCAUCUGCAGCAUCGUGCAGUUCGCCUGCUCUGUCUUCGCGGCGGCCGGGAAGACGCUGCUCUUCUACGGGAGCGGCCUCUACUUCGACCACCGCGCGGAGGGUGACUGCAUGUGGGCGUCCACCUACAGGCGCCUCGCGGAGUGCUCCGCGGAAUUCGAGGAGUGCCAGGAGGUGCUGCUGGCUGCGCGGCCGCUGGUCCUGGCCACCACGCAGCUCACGCAGGAGUAUGCCAGGCACAUCCUGGGGGUGGAGGUUCCCUUGCUGGUGGAGGGCUUGCCGUCCAUUUCCUGGCGCAUGGCGGGGGUCGGAGAUGGCCUUCAGGACUUUCGUGCAGCCGAGCCGAGCGACACGGUGCUCUUGUGGCCGGACGUAUCCCUGGACUCGCGCUGGAAAGGCUUCAAGAAAUUCCGGGAGGAGCAGGUGGAGGCGGUGUUGUCUCUGAAGAACUGGUUCCGGGAGGUGGCUCUGGCUGCGCCGAGCUCGAUCUACGGCAAGGCCUACCCCAAGGAGGCCAUCCUGCAGCACCGGGCCGCGGUGAUUCUACCCUACGCGGACGCGUCGCUCACGGCACUGGACUGGUACUGGGCCGGGGUGCCCCUCUUUCUGCCCUCCAAGUCCGCGUGGUUCAAGGUCUACUAUCAGGAGAAUAGCGAUGGCUUGGCCAAGAGAUUCCAGCUGAAGCUCAGCAUGCUGUGGGGCACGCUGCCUCCGGUGGACCUGCCGUUGUGUUACUCCUUCAACUCCAGCCUGGUCGGGGAGGAGGAGAUCUUGGAGGAGCUGCGAACCGGCAUCUACGAGGCGGACUCCAGUGGCAACGUCACCAGCGAGAUGCUGCAGCGCUGGCGGGGCCUUUGCGAGGAGGUUUUGCAUCGAAGGGGUGAAGCCCCACAGGUGUGCUUUUGGUUCCACCCGAAGACCGCCCUCCACUGGCUGCAGAAGAUGUGGUACUACACAGCCCCUGGCAUCCAGUACUGGGACACGCCGGAGGACCUUGAAGAGAAGUUGUUGAACUGGCCCUGGGAGAAGACCUACCUGUACCGCCAGCUGAUGGCGCAGCAUUGGGAGGCGACCUUGGAGCAUUUCAAGUCCGGAAUGCAGCGGCUGAAUGCGGCGGAGGCCGAAAAAACGCCCACGGGCCGGCAGCGGACGGCGGCGGAAUUGGGGCUGCGCAGGAGGUCAGAACCUUUGCAGACUCCUAGCCGCAGGCCUUCAUUCCGGGAAGGACUUUGGCUGGGCCCUUCGCCCACCAUCCUGCCGAGCGUGGACACCGCUGCUGGGCGUUUUCGACCGCUGUUUCGGGCGGGGGCGGUGCCUUACCUCACAGUCAUCGACUUCCAACUCUGUGCUGUUGCCGACGGCGAGGUUCGGCUCGCCGAGCUCUUCUUGGACCCCCGGGCGGUGCUGGAGACACCAUCGGACCCCAUACUGUGGCUGCAGGUGUGGCGGCAUGAGCAGCGCAGCAAGCGCCGCUCGAAAGCUGGUCCGUGGCACUUGCGGGACCAACAGCCUACAAGGCUCUCGACGGCCGAUGUCGGCACAGUUUUCUCCGCGCAGCUGGUCCCACCGCUGGUCCUGGCAGCAGGCGAUUGCUUCGGUUUCGCCACCAGCGGCUGGCGGGGCCUCGUGCCCUUCGACGAGCCGCCGCUAGAACCGGAGAACGGCGCCCGAGGCGUGUGCUGGGCCUACGGGCCGCGCCUGGCGCGCUUGGGCGCCAGGGAGGCGGUGCUGGCGCAAGGCCUCGCGCUGCGCGCCUACGCCGUGCGCAUCCGCAUCGAGCCGCGGAUUCUUUCGGCCGCUCCUUCUGCUCCCGUCCUCGCCGACCCUGCGGGAGCAUAUGCUCCGCUGUGCUCCGCCGCAGAUGUUUGCCCACGGGAGCCGGCGCGAUUGGAGUCUGCGGUAUUGGACUGGGGCCUGGUGCUGGCCAGCCUUUGCAACUGCACUUCCGGGGAAGCGCUGCUGGGGCAGGCGGCGGGGACGGCGGGCGCAUGCUGCGACCUGGACCUGCUGGACCGCGUGCUGAGCGCCUUGGGCCACGCAAAGGGCGUCUCCUGCCUGCAUGGUGCUCUGGCGGUGGUUGCCUCGUGCUCGGCGAAGCUGUCUCUGCGCCAGAGGCCGCGGAUUAGCACCAAGUUGGCAUCGGCUUCUCUUCAGCAGGAGUUAGUACUGCCGAGGCUGGUGCACUUGGGCUCUCCCAUGCGGCUGGUCGCGAGCCCAACCCAGUCUGACUGGUGGGACCUGCAGAUCGAGCCCAUGCUCAGCACUGAGCCUGACCUGCAGAGGACAUAUCGCCUGCGGGGCAGCGCGGCCAGCUUUGUGCCCUUCCCCUUCGGCACACAGGAUCUCCUUUGGUGGCGCGCGGCCAGCCGCGGCGAGCGCCUGGACUUGCUCACCGAGGUGCUUCUGGGUCUGGACGUGCUUGGCAUUAGUGACUACUUUGCCUUCGUUGGCAGCAUAUGCUUCGUGACGUCACGAGGCUGCGCAGAGCCCCAGCCGCUGGAUAUUCUGGUGCGCUGGCAAGACCAGGAGGCGGUCGCCGCCUUUGCCGAGACCUGGAGCGCCUCGAGCGACAGGCGGCACCACGUGAUGCAGCCGGAUCGCAUCGAGCUUGGAGUCAGUCCAGAUCCAGGACUGCUUUCAGUGUGGCCCGGAGACCUUGGCUUUGGGGUGGUGUGCCCAGACUGCAGUUUCCUGCAGAUCAAAUUCUACAGCCCCGCCAGAGCCAAGCCCGGGUAUGUCAUCUCCGGGACCCGCGGCUGUCUGUGGCAAGCUCUUCUCCCCGUUCGUUGGCUCAGCUUCGAGGAGCUACGAAGCCUGGGCGCAGGCGCUGUAGGCGGCCAGGAGGAGACGUUGCUCUUCCCAUGGCCCGCAGACCCGCUUCGCGUCGCCUCGUCCGCGGCGGCGGCGAAGUCGAGCGCGUGGUGCAAGGAGGCACUGCAGGUCUUUGAGCCGGCUGUGCCUUUGGAGCGCUUGGCCCCUGAGUUCGACCUGGGCGAGGCGGCGCAUGGAGACCUGGGCUUCUACGACUUGUUCGACCUCCGGAAGUUCUCACAGGCCGAUGGAUUGGUGCCCCUGGCCGACAAGGCCGCCCUCAAGGCGCGGCUCCGCGCCGCGGGGCUGCCGACGGCGCGGCCGCUCUUCGCCGCCAACGACCCGCAGCUGCCGCCAGAGCUCCGCGAGUUGCCGCAGUACGCGGUGAAGGCGGUGCAUCAACACCAUGGCGGCCUGGGGGUUCUGCUGAUGUCCCACGGCAGGGACCUCCUCACGGGCCGGCGGAUGGACUUUGAGGAGGUGCAGCGCUGGGCAGAGGGCGCCAUGGCGCCGCAGAGCGCGGCGCCGCGGUGCUGGAUGGAGCAAGGCGCGCGGCGGUGUGUGAACAACGCCCCGGUGCUGGAUGAGAAGGUGAAGCCCGGCAUACUGGUGGAGGAGCAUUCGAAUUACUGCCCGACAUGACCCUUCGAGAGUUCAAGAGGCAGCUGCAUGGGUGGCUGGCCUGCGCAGAUGAAUCAAGGCGCAGCAUGAGCUGCGUGGAAGUGGUUGUUGGAGACUGGCCGUUGGUGAACAAUGAAGAGAUUGUGUCGAAAGCUAUUCCAGCUACAGAAGUUCUAGCUUUCCUCAGCAUCAAGUUGGUGACGUGCUGCAGCUUCUCAGCAUCCGACUGCCAUCCUGACGAUUUUCGCGUAGCGGAAAUUCUAGCAGGCGUGACUGCGAUUGGGAAUGGUGCCUUCCAAGGUGCCAGCUUGUUGCCCAGUUGCCCAGUGGGUUGCUUCCUUUUUUCAACUGUUUUUUGGGGAGGGUUCCCCUUUCAAGUCAACCAACCCCGGAGACAAACAACAAAAGCGGAUGCCCUUGAUUGCCAUGACCACUGGGCAUUUGAGGUUGGCCACCGUGGCCAUCCCUGACACCGUGACUGUGAUACAAGAUGGUGCCUUUGAGGGUUGCACUUCGCUUGUAAGCGUGGCCAUCCCCAAUUCUGUCACUGAGGUUCGUCCGCGUGCCUUCAAAGGUUGCAGUUCAUUGGCAAGCGUUGCCAUCCCGGACUCUGCGACUGUGAUAGGAUAUGCUGCCUUUCAAGGCUGCAGCUUGUUGGCAAGCGUGACCAUUCCCACUUCUGUCACUGAGAUUGGCCAUGCUGCCUUCCAAGCUUGCUGUUCAUUGGCAAGCGUUGCCAUUCCCAACAGUGUUGCUGACAUUGGCCCAUGUGCUUUUGCAGAUUGCAGCUUAUUGGCCAGCGUUGCCAUCCCCAAUUCUGUCACUGCAACUGCAGAAAAUGCUUUUUGCGGGUGCAGCUCAUUGACAAGCGUGGCCAUUCAUCUCUGUCACCGAGAUCGGACCGUUUGCCUUCAAAGAUUGCAGCUCAUUGGCAAGCCUGACCUUGCCUAACUUUGUGACUGUGAUAGGAUUGGGUGCAUUCCAUGAAUGCUGGUCAUUGGAAGCGUGGCCAUCCCCCACUCUGUCACUGAGAUUGAAGCAAGCUCCUUCGAAGGUUGCAGCUCAUUGCUAAGCGUGGCCAUCCCCAAUUCUGUCACUGAGGUUCGUCCGCGUGCCUUCAAAGGUUGCAGCUCAUUGGCAAGCGUUGCCCUUCCCAACUCUGUCACUGAGAUUGGUCAACAUGUGUUUGAAGGUUGCACCUUAUUAGCAAGCAUUGCCAUUCCCAUUUCUAUCACUGAGACUGCACAAUUGUCAUUUUACGGCUGCAGCUCAUUGGCAAGCGUGGCCAUCCCCAACUCCGUGACUGUGAAGGGAAAUGGUGCCUUUCAAGGUUGCAGCUCGUUGGCAAGAGUGACCAUUCCCUUUUUUCACGCUGAAAUGGGAGAAUGUGUCUUUACAGGUUGUGGCUCAUUGGCAACCGUGAAUCUCCGACUCUGUUGCCAAAAUUGGUUAUGAUGCUGAUACAGGCUGUAUCUACGUUUUGCCAGAGCAAGUUCGUUGCAAAACCAGAGUGCUCAUGUGUGCCAGUGAUGAAACAACACCCGACAACAGCUGUUUGAUGGGAUCAGGCAUCAGAGCAUGUCAGCAUCCCCCGUUGCUUGCAUUUGAAUAAAAUGACCACCCGCUACAGUGCCGUUCCGUCAUAGAAAUACAGGGGCUACAUUGCACAAAUUCAGUCCGUUUGUAGAAAAUGGGGCUACAUUUUGAAUGUAGCCCGGUAGCCCCUUGACGGUAAUAGAAAAGAGCCAUGUAGCGUCCAGAUUUGGCUACAUUGGCUGAAAUCUAGCAAAUUGGGAGGCUACAUUGGCCCAGUUGUCGAGAACUUGGAAAUGUAGCUUCUCGUGGGGUAAGCCAGGGGGGUUUAGCUUUGGACCUGCUACAGGAAGCUUUUGUCCGAGCAGCGCACUUGCUUUAGAGGAAAGAAGGGACCACGAUGGUCAAUGUUCAAAGUGGACGCCCUUCCGGCCUAUAGGAGUGGGUUUCACCGAAGUGCGCAAGGGAAAGCUGCUCAGGAGUCCUUUGGGGCGGGCAUGUCAAAUUCAGAUUGAGCCAUCAACCAGAGCCCGAGUCA